AUGGCGCCCUUAACUCGUUCAGCUCGAACUGCUUCGUCCGGGAGUAACCUGUUCUCACAGGCAUUGCCGCCUCCUAGGCAAAAUGAGAUCAUGAGCGUGGAGGAGCAAGAAGAUCAGAGUGAAUCCUAUGAUGAAAACGAUGGAUUGGAAGAUAAAGAAGCGACAUCUGAAGACCAAGAUGCAGAUAUGGACGAAGAAAUGGAGAGCGUGAAUGACGAAGAAUCGGAGACCGGCUCUGAGGAGUCGGAGCCAGAGCCUGCGCUGCAGUCCGUUUACGAAAUCCCGGGCAAGGGACAAGAUGCCCCACUGUUCACAGCCGCGGGCGCCCAGGAAGCACUGCAUCCCCUUCGCCGAACCGCCGACCGCGUCACUCGUCAAAUUGAAGCAUUCGCCGAUAAGCUCGAUCAGUUCAAGCGCAAAAAUACGACCGAUGAGUUCCAGAAUGUCCAGGCAGCUUACAAGCUCGUGGAGAGCUACCGUGACCUUGCGAAAAACGCCAUCAAAGAAAUCCAAACACAACAAACCGCCAAUCGACACCGGGCGAGCUAUCGCGCAAGUGAUGUGAAAUCACUAGAGCAAAUUCAACGAUUGCAACUCGAGGUUGAUACCUGGCGUCUUUUGCUCAACCUGAUCAGCAUCGAUGAUCCCGCCAGUCGCGCUAGCUUCAAGGAAGGCCGCCAGACAGCUUUCCAGAAUCUUCACCGCUACUCAUCUGAUCGCGAAGUUUGGGAGGAGUUCUUGAACGCCGAUCAAUAUGGUCUCGAAUGCGUUGUUGCCAUGCGAUGGCUAGAGGAGACCUCCAAGACCAGCACACAGGAUUUCGACGAUUUGAUCGCGGAAAUGGAAGCGCGCUCGGAACGCGGCCAGGGACUAUGGUCACACGGUUGGCUUUACACAAAGGAGGCGAUCAAGGGUCAUAAGCGACUGCGCGCAUGGCCACAGCCUCUUGAAUCGACUGACCCUGGUAUCUCCCGCUCCCUUUUGAGUACCGAUGAACAAAAGCCACUGGUUACGCAACUCGACCCCGAUGCUCUUACUCGACAGAAACGCGGCUUGGAAACCCAGGAUGAGAUCUACGAACGUGCCACCUGGCUGACUUGCUGGAAGAUGCUGAGACAAGGCGAAAACUGGACAAAGAUUCGUGAGUGGGCAGAGGGCCGUCUAGAAGGAUGGAGGGCUGUCAGCUUGUGCGGUUCUAGCGUGGAUGACAAUGCUCCCAAGACGACUCGAUUCCCAACCAAUGAUAGUCAUACGCGACUGAUGAACAGUCGGGCAAAUGAUUCAUGGCGCGCCGCUUGCGCAGCCCUAACACGCAGUUCUAACACCGAUGACUUCCAGCGAGCAGUCUACUCACUGCUCUCUGGCGAGACUGAUGCUGCGUCCAAUGUCUGCCGCAGCUGGGACGACCAUCUUUACGUGUACUUCAACAGCGUUGUGCUUCGACGGUACCGGGGAUUCUGCACACAGUUCCAGCGCAAACUCAGUCUCUCGCCUAGAACCACUGUAGUGUUCACACCUGAAGCCCCUGGUCAUGCUGAUCUCCAGAAGUUCUUUGCCUACCUCAGAGGUGUUGAACGGGUCAGCGGCGAAGCACGGAAUCCAUUCCGCAACAUCCAAGCCGCCAUUCUCAGCAAGGGCUACGACUCUUUCUUCCCGGCCCUUGCCCAAGCUGUCUCCCAGCUUAGCGCUGCCAACUACGGCAAGGCAUCCGUUGUUCCAGAGCUUGCGCAUAGCCCUGUGGAUGAAUCAUUCCUUAUUGCUGCCGAUGAUGAGGAGGCUGUCAAGAUUGCUACGCAUACCUACAUUGUGGCUAGCUCGAUGGCCUAUGCUCGUGCAGACACCCAUUUCUUCGAGCAGGCUUCAGUGAUCAUUGCUGGAUACAUAGCCAUCCUGGAAGAAAAGUGCCUCUUCGACCUCAUUCCGCUUUAUGUGUCUCUUCUUCCCACUGAGAUGGCAAACAAGGUCUUCUCUAAGAUUCUUAUCGAGAUUAUCGACCCCGAAGAGAAACAGCAGCAAAUCAGACUCAUGCGGAGAUAUGGAAUCGACGUCGAGGCCGUUCUUGAGGUUCAAUGGGAGUGGUUGAGUGCCAACGUUCCCACAAUCGAUCACUCCAGAGAUGUAACAGGAUAUUCAAGAGUGGUCCGACGACCAGAUGGUGUUCGGGCACUUGUUUCACCUAAGACUGAUUUGAUCGGAACUUCUGUCGCCGAUGAAGAUGAGAAAAUGAUUCGCUGUCUGGAAUGGUUCCGUGCCGUUGACGGUCAAUGGGGCAAGAUUUGUGAGCUUGGCUCUUGGCUAUAUCGCAAGUUCUUUGUUGCCGACAAGCUUGCCGCUGCUCGUGAGCUGAGUCUUCGUAUGCGGUUGUCAGAUAUCUCAAUUGAGAAGUUCGGCUCCGAUAUCAUUUCGAUUCCCCCGCAAGAGAACGCCAUUGAAAUGUCCGCGCCAACCAGCCCAUCUAAGAAGAGAAACAGUCUGAGCAGUCUUCACCGACGCAGCAUCUCCAAUUCCAGCAACUUUGGACUGGUGGCAGCAUGGUACCAGUGUCAGAGAAUGUCCGAUCUGGAAGUCUUGACCCUCGGAUUCGAUACUGUGGAACAGUUUGCUCAGAUUCACGAGCAAAUUUCCAAGACCAAACGCCGACGUGACUCGGGUGCUGUUAAAGACAUGACCGAAGACAUGCAUGAGUGUGUUGGAGCCAUGGAAGAGUAUCUGGGGGCAGUAGUCAACGACGACUGGCUCGUCACAUCUACUGAUGCCGACGAAGAAAAAGACUACGAACAGAUCCGAACCACCUACCUCCCAGAACUUGUCCUUGACUACCACAACGCCAUGCACUACGCCAGCCACUGCCUUGGUAGACACGAACUCCUGACCCAGUGCAUGAUUGUAUCACUGUGGGUCGCCAACUUCAAGCACUUGACCGAGGCCUUCACCAAGUCCCGGCGCAUGGCCGAGCUCGUCGAUGCACUGGCAUUGUCUAGUAAGGCACUGGUCAACCGGAACCUCGAAUUCCAGCUGUCCAACAAAGACAAGGAUACCCACUUCGAGAAAGGCCAGGAAUUGAAGAUCUGGGAUAUCGAGAUCCCCAAGAAAGAAGGUGAAACCCGGCUUCACGAUCUGUAG